UGCCCGAGCCUCACCGCGCUGCCCGAGCGGCUCGGCGACUGCGCGGCGCUGACGUCGCUGAACCUGCACGAGUGCUCGAGCCUCACCACAGCUGCGCUCGAGCGGCUCGGCGACUGCGCGGCGCUGACGACGCUGGACCUGCGCGAAUGCAAGAGCCUCACCGCGCUGCCCGAGCGGCUCGGCGACUGCGCGGCGCUGACGUCGCUGAACCUGGAGGAGUGCCGGAGCCUCACCGCGCUGCCCGAGCGGCUCGGCGACUGCGCGGCGCUGACGUCGCUGAACCUGCACGAGUGCUCGAGCCUCACCGCGCUGCCCGAGCGGCUCGGCGACUGCGCGGCGCUGACGACGCUGAACCUGGAGAACUGCAUGAGCCUCACCGCGGUGCCCGAGCGGCUCGGCGACUGCGCGGCGCUGACGACGCUGAACCUGAGCGGCUGCCGGAACCUCACCGCGCUCCUCACCGCGCUGCCCGAGCGGCUCGGCGACUGCGCGGCGCUGACGACGCUGGACCUGCGCGACUGCUCGAGCCUCACCGCGCUGCCCGAGCGGCUCGGCGACUGCGCGGCGCUGACGUCGCUGAACCUGUGGUGCUGCUCGAGCCUCACCGCGCUGCCCGAGCGGCUCGGCGACUGCGCGGCGCUGACGACGCUGCACCUGGACCGCUGCUCGAGCCUCACCGCGCUGCCCGAGCGGCUCGGCGACUGCGCGGCGCUGACGACGCUGCACCUGGACCGCUGCUCGAGCCUCACCGCGCUGCCCGAGCGGCUCGGCGACUGCGCGGCGCUGACGACGCUGCACCUGUACGGCUGCAAGAGCCUCACCGCGCUGCCCGAGCGGCUCGGCGACUGCGCGGCGCUGACGUCGCUGGACCUGCACGAGUGCUCGAGCCUCACCGCGCUGCCCGAGCGGCUCGGCGACCGCGCGGCGCUGACGACGCUGGACCUGCGCGAAUGCUCGAGCCUCACCACGGCUGCACUCGAGCGGCUCGGCGACUGCGCGGCGCUGACGUCGCUGGACCUGUACGAAUGCUCGAGCCUCACCGCGGCUGCACUCGAGCGGCUCGGCAACUGCGCGGCGCUGACGACGCUGAACCUGGGCCGGAGCCUCACCACGGCUGCACUCGAGCGGCUCGGCGACUGCGCGGCGCUGACGACGCUGGACCUGCGCGGCUGCUUGAGCCUCACCACGCUGCCCAAGCGGCUCGGCGACUGCGCGGCGCUGACGACGCUGUACCUGGGCAACUGCUCGAGCCUCGCCGCGCUGCCCGAGCGGCUCGGCGACUGCGCGGCGCUGACGUCGCUGAACCUGGGCUACUGCGAGAGCCUCACCGCGCUGCCCGAGCGGCUCGGCGACUGCGCGGCGCUGACGAGGUUGGACCUGGGCUACUGCGAGAGCCUCACCGCGCUGCCCGAGCGGCUCGGCGACUGCGCGGCGCUGACGAGGUUGGACCUGCAGGUCUGCUCGAGCCUCACCGCGCUGCCCGAGCGGCUCGGCGACUGCGCGGCGCUGACGUCGCUGAACCUGGAGGAGUGCCGGAGCCUCACCGCGCUG